AUCGCAAUAGUGAUUAAAUUGUAGGAGCUGAACGGAAGGAGUCGCGCGAAACAACACGGAACGUUACAAGACGUGGUUUAGUGUUAUUUCGUUGGGAACAUUAUUUUUUUGAAUUUUUGUCGUUCUAGAAAUGUAAAUAAAGCAUAAUUAAUAGUAUUAAUUUGAAAAGUAUUUUAAUUGAAAAGAGAUCGAUUAAAAAAAAAGAAAGUGAGGUUAAUAACCUUAAUUUCAAAUUUUUAAUAAUAUAUUAAAUAGGUUCAAAUUAAAUUGGCUUACUAUUAGGUGUGGGAUAUAAAUUAAACAAAAUGUCUGAAAAUGUUGAGGAAGUUAUCGAAGAAGAAAAUUCAGUUACAAUGUUAGAUGUACUUCGAGAAGAGAAUCAAUUGGAAGAGGAUGCGUAUGCGGUUUUGGGUGCAUCUGAUGACAAAAAUUGUACUUAUAGCAAGGGUUAUACACGACAAGCCCUUUAUGCAUGCAAAACUUGUUGUCAGAAAUCAAUGCGAGCAGCAAUAUGUCUUGCUUGUAGUUUCCAUUGUCACGAAGGUCAUGAACUUAUUGAAUUAUAUACUAAAAGACAUUUUAGAUGUGACUGUGGCAAUUCAAAGUUUGGAGAAAAAAAGUGUAAUCUAGAUGCUUCAAAGGAUUCAAUAAAUUCUGAAAAUCAAUAUAAUCAUAAUUUUGAUGGUCUUUAUUGUAUUUGUGAAAGACCAUAUCCAGAUCCAGAUGAUACUGUCAAUGAUGAAAUGUUACAAUGUAUAAUCUGUGAGGACUGGUAUCAUUCAAAGCAUUUAGAAUGCGAAAAGGAAAUGCCAGCAGAUGCUGCAUAUGAUGAAAUGAUUUGUGCUGGUUGUAUGAGACAGAAUGAUUUUCUUUGGAAUUAUGCCAAGAAAUAUACAGUGACAGAUGGCUCUAAUGGGGAUAAAGAAGAUGAUGAAUCAAUCAAUGUUGAAAAUCAAUUGAAGGAAUGUACAAUGCCAAGGAAUAAUUCUGCAAAAAGAAUACCAUCACAAGGAAGUUGUUUUUGGAUAGAAGGAUGGAGAGCCGCUUUGUGUACUUGUAAAACAUGCAAAGAACUUUAUCGAGAGAAAAAUAUUGCAUUUCUUCUUGAUCCAACGGAUAGUGUACAUGCUUACGAAGAAGCUGGUAAAAUUAAUAGCCGAGAAUCACAAUAUGAAAAGGGUAUGAAAGCCCUUGCUUCUUUAGGUCAUGUUGAACAAAUGACAGCUAUCGAAGAAUACAAUAAUAUGAAGGAACGAUUGAAACGAUAUUUGCAAAAAUUUGCUGAAAAUAAAAAAGUCGUACGAGAAGAAGAUAUAAAGGAAUUUUUCUCAGAAAUGGAAUCGAAGAAACGACCAAAAGUUGUGAUACCUACAUAUUGCCGUCAUUUAGAAUGCGAAAAGGAAAUGCCAGCAGAUGCUGCAUAUGAUGAAAUGAUUUGUGCUGGUUGUAUGAGACAGAAUGAUUUUCUUUGGAAUUAUGCCAAGAAAUAUACAGUGACAGAUGGCUCUAAUGGGGAUAAAGAAGAUGAUGAAUCAAUCAAUGUUGAAAAUCAAUUGAAGGAAUGUACAAUGCCAAGGAAUAAUUCUGCAAAAAGAAUACCAUCACAAGGAAGUUGUUUUUGGAUAGAAGGAUGGAGAGCCGCUUUGUGUACUUGUAAAACAUGCAAAGAACUUUAUCGAGAGAAAAAUAUUGCAUUUCUUCUUGAUCCAACGGAUAGUGUACAUGCUUACGAAGAAGCUGGUAAAAUUAAUAGCCGAGAAUCACAAUAUGAAAAGGGUAUGAAAGCCCUUGCUUCUUUAGGUCAUGUUGAACAAAUGACAGCUAUCGAAGAAUACAAUAAUAUGAAGGAACGAUUGAAACGAUAUUUGCAAAAAUUUGCUGAAAAUAAAAAAGUCGUACGAGAAGAAGAUAUAAAGGAAUUUUUCUCAGAAAUGGAAUCGAAGAAACGACCAAAAGUUGUGAUACCUACAUAUUGCCGUUGAAAUGUAUUUUAAUUGAGUAUUAUGGAAAUUUUUCGUUUCUAAUAGAAACAAAAAGUCGAUGUAUUGCAAACAUUUUAUUACAAGUAAUAUGUUCUACUUUUAUAUAUUUCGUUUAUUGCAAAGCUUAGUUGCGUGAUACUAAAUUAUUUCGGAUGUAAUUCUAUAUUGAGGUUUAAAUGUAACUUCCAAUAAAUCAUAACCUUUUUUCGAAUUAUGAAAAAAACAAAAAAAAAAAAGAAAAAGGAAAAUGGAAGGCAA